GACGACUUUUGGGUUGUUCUGAAGAAAAUUCACUUCCUGAAACUCCACACACUCAAUACGCCAGCACAUCGAAUACAGUAGUCCUGGGUGAAAAAACGUUCCAAAAUGUGCGGAAUAAUCGCUUGCCUGCUCAAUUCAGGAACCGAAGAGGCAGCGCCCGAACUCCAUCAGGCACUGUUCUACUUGCAGCACCGCGGUCAAGAUGCGUGUGGCAUAGCGACAUGCUCUCGCGGUGGCAAGGUGUUUUCGUGCAAGGGCAAUGGUCUAGCAAGCAAAGUGUUUCAAGAUGGUCAAAGGGUUCAGGAGCUCUCCGGAUAUAUGGGCGUCGCUCACUUGCGAUAUCCAACAGCAGGCUCAUCCGCAAACGCUGAAGCGCAGCCUUUCUACGUCAACUCGCCAUAUGGUAUCCUUCUCGCCCACAAUGGUAACCUUAUCAACGCACCGGAGCUAAAGCGAUAUCUUGAUCAAGAAGCGCAUCGCCACAUCAACACUGAAUCCGACAGUGAGUUGAUGCUUAAUAUCUUCGCAGACGAGCUCAACCAAACCGGCAAGGCCCGCGUCAACAACGAAGACAUUUUUGCUGCACUGGAGAGGAUGUACAAGAAGUGCGAAGGCGGCUGGGCAUGCAUAGCCAUGCUUGCCGGGUUUGGCUUGAUCGGCUUCAGAGACAGCUUCGGCAUUCGACCAAUGGUACUUGGCGAGCGACCUUCAUCGUCCGGAAUCGGCAAGGACUACAUGAUGGCUUCCGAAUCUGUUGCGUUAAACCAGAACGGCUACGGAAACAUCAGGGACAUCUUGCCCGGCCAAGCCGUCAUCAUCGAGCGCGGCAAAGAGCCAGUCUUUUCCAGUGUGAGCGAGCAGAAGGCUUACGCACCGGAUAUCUUCGAGUACGUCUACUUUGCGAGACCAGAAAGCAUUAUCGAUGGCAUAUCUGUAUAUCGGUCAAGGCAAUUGAUGGGCUAUCGGCUAGCCGAGACGAUCAAAAACCAGCUCGGUCCGGAUCAGCUCCGAGAAAUCGAUGCAGUCAUUCCCAUUCCCGAGACAUCCCUUGUAUCAGCAUAUGCAGUUAGCAAGCAUCUCAAAAAGCCUUACUGUCAAGGCUUCGUCAAGAACCGAUACAUCUUCCGUACAUUCAUCAUGCCUUCACAGCGUGCGAGACAACGCGGCGUCCGAGCGAAGCUCAACGCUAUACCGGUUGAGUUCCGCGACAAGAACGUUUUGCUCGUGGAUGACAGCAUCGUUCGCGGCACGACGUCGCGGGAAAUCGUCAACAUGGCGAAAGAGGCAGGAGCGAAGAAGGUGUAUUUCAGCAGCUGCGCCCCGCCCAUCACCAAUGCACACAUCUACGGCAUCGACCUGGCGUCGCCGUCGGAGCUCAUCGCGCACCACCGGACAAGCGAUGACAUAGCCGAGCACAUUGGCGCUGAUGCUGUUAUCUAUCAAAGCUUGGACGACCUAGAGUCAGCUUGUGCACAAGAAAGUCCGCGGGAGGGUCAGCGCUUCGAAGUCGGCGUCUUCUGCGGCAAAUAUAUCACGCCGGUAUCUGAUGAAUACUUUGAUCAUCUCGAACGGGUACGCGGUGAGGCAGCAAAGCUCAAGGUGAUGGACAAAGUGAGACAAGCUGUGGUGAAGGGCACAGCAGAUGAGACGCAACUGCGCAUGGCCGCGAACGGUGUCGACGUCUCCGACCAUGGCGAGAUCGUUGCUAGGGACAGCGGCAGCGAUGGCGAGUCACGUAUGCCUAAAAGGCACCAAGUGGCGAAGUUGAGCGGCAUCAAUGGCCACUCGGACAGCGUAAGAGCAAGAGAUACCCCCACUUCGGAUAUAGCACUGUACAACAUCAACGACACGUAAGGAUGGGUGUCUGGACGUCGGCACGGCCAGUGUACAGAGAGGGUAUUUGGGAGCGUUGUUUCGGCGUGAUAGAGAGGACUGGCUCAGUGCUGACUAUGUAAAAAUUGCAUGAGAGAACAUAGAUGUGAUAAAGCUCGCAUAGGUCUGCGCUCGACGACGGUCAAAUUAUGAGCACAACGACGUCCCCAGCUAAAAUGAAUUGGCCUG